AUGGCUGUGUGCAAGAGCCGGAGUUUCAUGGCGUUCCCCUCGACGCAUUCCCAACAGCCGUCGAAGGGCUGCCACGGGUCACAUUACCCUCUACAACCGCAGCAAGAAACUCAGCCGGAUAGACCUAUCGGUUAUGGAGCGUUUGGCGUAGUGUGGUGAGUCUCGAGGUUUAAAUUUCUUUUGUGCUACUUUUUUGAGCUUUCUUUUGACAAUAUUUUCAUGUACAAUGCACAGGUCUGUGACAGAUCCGCGAAAUGGAAAGAGGGUCGCUCUGAAGAAGAUGCCCAACGUUUUUCAGAGUCUUACGUCUUCGAAGAGGGCUUACAGGGAGCUUAAGAUGUUGUGUUUCUUCAAACAUAAUAACGUGAGUCAUGUUUUUCAUUUUUCUUGGCUUAGUAUGCCCCCAUUAUUCUUAAGAUGCCGGGUUGGCGAGCGUAAUUAUUCAAAGAGCACCGGUGGCGUUCUUCGGUGUUGUUAGUUUCAUUCAAGUGAAGUUUUUGCUGUGCCUUGAUAUGAACUGAUUAUUAUUUUUCUAUCGUAGGUACUUUCUGCUUUGGACAUUGUUCAUCCCGGCCAUGUAGACUUCUUUCAAGAAAUGUAUCCUUUGUGUGAAAGCAGAUCGAAAGUAAGGUGUAUUUAUCUUUGUAGCGUGACAAAAAUAAAACUUACAACAAUCAAUUUGAGGCAGAGUUUUUGUUAAGGAGGGGCUAUUUAUAUUCCUCCUGUCGCUUAAAUUUGCUGUUUCACGAAGUUUCCAUGGAAGGAAGUUGCGUUCUGUAGGACACUUUAAAACAGGAAUUAAACCCAAAACCUUGAACUUCGCUCUAAAUAUUAAAACCUCCUCCACGAAUUAAUAUCAGUCAGUCAAGAAAUAAAUUAAAGAAAGGUUUGGGCCUCCUAGAGGGUGUUUUAUUUUACGUGUACAAUGAAAAGGCGAAUACUUGUGGUUUUGGGUAUGGCAUAAAUUUUGAACUUUUCCAAGCUGUGGGGUUUUGAAUAGAGCUUUCUGAUCGGGCUUGUUUCAACUCCCACCUGUUGCUCAGCAAUAUGCGCUUUGUGUUUGCCGACGCUUACAUUUUAGUGCCAAUUAUUAUCUCCUGGCUAUAAUUUCGUUCGAGACAAAUUCAAAUUAACUGAUUCUCUUGAACAAGCGACUUGUUUGAUUCUUCAAAAAUAUUUCUUACACUGUAGGUCGAUAAUAGCGGAAACUAGUUUAGUCGCUUCGUCGGAAGGUUCGGCUUUCUUUUCUGUGUAACGUCAAGUUCCGGUCCGAAAUAGCAGAUCUGUAUUUUGAGGGUAUUAUGGCAAAAGGCAAUUUCCUUUAUGCCAUAUCCUGUCUUCGCAUGUUGGAAACGAAAAGGCUGGAUAUAUCAGGACUUAUUUUACAUAUUGGAUUUCACUUGCCAUCUCAAUUUCUUAAUCCUGUGAAAAUCAGAGUUAUUUUAAGCCCAACACUAUGUUCAAACGAAUUACAAGAAAUUUAUCCAUCUUUCUUAGCAGAAUACAAAUUUAAAUCCUUUUAAUGUCAGAAUAUGUUGCUCUAUAAAUGGAUUUUAACGUUUUGAGUAUGACGAUCAAUUCCUAAAUACUUUGCUAUUAAAUUAUGGAACAAUACGUUCACUUGAUAUGGUAUUAUCAAUUUUUUUCAAAAUGAUUUUUUUUCAGUUUUCAUCCUCGAAAGAGUGAAAGAUAACUUGUGUUUGUCAGGAGAAAUGUUAAAGCUGUAUUUGAAACAGGCAUCACUGAAAGGGUAUUACAAAAUGUCUUUAGUAAAUUCCUUCAUGAAAAAUACACGGUUAAAACGAUUUUACAUCUGUAAAAUGAAAGCAACAAGACUGGACUUCCUGGAUAUUAUAUUUAACAAAAUAUUUUACAAAAAUUUUAAUGCCAGUGUUGUUAUCACUUUGAAUGGAAUGAAAGAUAUCUUCCAGCUAUAAGGGUAGCUGUCAAUAUUACCAUGGCAACAAUUGUGUUUAAAAAUCUUUUCUCUUUUUUAGAACAAAGGCUAUUUUUCCUUUGUGCUCCUUAAAAUUCAUUUUCAAAAAAGUAUUUCGAUCAGCCAAAGUAAUCAGAGUUAAAAUAAAUGUUGAUAAAGAGUAUGAAUUUAAUUUUUCACAUUAACAGUUUUAACUCUGGCUGUGUAGGACACUACUUAAAAGAAACAUUCGUUUUAUUGUAAGAGCCCACCUUUUCAAAGUUUGCACUUGACUACACAUAUCAAGAGGUGAUUACAUGUAACUGACUGCUUUGUUUCUGGCAUGAAAAAAUUCUUGUUGCUGAGAGUAUAGUUACUUGGUGCCAAUGAUACUGUGGCUUUAUCAACAAUAAUGCUAUUGUCAUUGCUAAAUCUUUGAAUCCUGUUUUGGGAGAGAAAACAGUUUUUAAAAACUUGAAUAAAGCAGUACUUGUUCCUGCUGGGUAUGUGGUAAUUUGCAUUCUCAAAAAUUUCAGCUUGGCAAGUUACUCUCAGCUUUUCAUGGGAUUAUAUAGUUUCUUUUUGUGAUUCUUAAUUAUUGUUGUCUCACUGAGAUCCCAGGAAAAACAUAAUUAUUAAAAACAAAGUUUUCCAAUUUUUUUUUCUCUCAAAAAUUUAGUUUAUGUCUUUUUGGAACAGUAUGUUGUCAGCCAAAAGAGUUUGUAUUUUUAUGAAAAGAUUUCCUGUUAUACUUGCAGAGAAAAUCUCACAAGUUUCUUUCCACCAUCAAAAUGUGGAACCAGUUGUGUUUAGGGUGAUAUUGUAAAUGGACACUACCCAGUUAGAGAUAGAACCUGAAACUAAACGGGUAGUAAUUAAGGAAAGUUGGGGUGGGUUUUUGAGGAUCUUGGAGACGACAAACUUUAAACUUGUACAUUCUAAUUCUCUGAAAUUAUACCAAGAAUGAUUUUAUAUCUAAACUUAUGUGUGUGAGUAUCACGGGAAAUCAUUUUCUGCCUGAAAUCUGGCAGGCUGUGCAAAACCACCUGUUGGCCCUUCAUAAGCUGAAUGUAUACAGUGAUGAUAAAUGUUUGAUGUUCAACUCUCAGGAUUCAGCCCUUCCAGUUCAGCAAAAAAUGUUACUUGGUUGAGAAACUUUUAAAUUGACAAUGAUUACUAAUACUUGGAAUGUUCUUAAGAAACUUUGGAUGCUAAAGGAAGAGAAAUAAUUUUACUUGUAACAUCAUUGUCAUAUAUGGAUUCUGAGGUGUAAAGUUUGAUGCUAAUUAGGCUAGUUUAAGUUUAUAAAUUUAUGCAGACAAGAAGCCACCAAAUCCACAAUGAAAAUUAUCAAACUCAUCACAUCUUCUUUGUUUAAUUUUCAAGGAAAUUUUAAUGACUGUUUCAGAAUAUACUUAGUAGUCUUAUGACUGGAAUUUUCAAUAUUAUUUUAAAGGUAAAUUUAUAAAGUAUUGUUUCUAACUAUACAUUAUUAUAUCAUUAAGAUCUUUUCAUUUAAUUUUCAUUAUAUGCCCAGUCCUCAAAUACGUAAUUUAUUACUCCUAAUCCCAUAACAAAUUUUAUAUGUUUGAAUUGCACAUGGUUUUUUCACCUUAACCUUCUAAACAGAUAUAUAGUUUCAGAAUUAAUGCAGUCUGACCUGCACAAAAUUAUUGUGUCCCCUCAACCUCUUAGUUCAGAUCAUGUUAAGGUUUUUCUGUACCAAAUUUUAAGAGGUAAGUGUUCUGUGUGUUUCACCAUCUUCUGUGUGUUUCACCAUGUUUCUGUGUAUAUCACCAUGAAGGGUGCAAUAGAAACAGUAAGCCUCUGAACCGUAAAGGUGAUGAGGAAGUUAUUUCUCAUUUUGAUAUCAUUGCUUAACUUGACUUAAUGGUUAUGAGAAUAUACUUUGGUCACAAUGAGGCUACAGGAGCAACGUUGGUGCACCAAAACAAAAUGGUGGCUGCAUUUUUUAUUCCAAUCCUCUGGGCAUUGAACUCUUUUCUCCUGGAAAUCUUUCUUCCAUUGUUUCAAGAAAUUUGGAUAGCUGCUGAUCAAAUGAAUGAAACAGACAUGUGAGGGUAGACUUCCACUGUCGCAUAAGUUUUAUGUCCACAUUGACAUAAAUUCUACAUACAUAAAUAAAAUACAGUUCAGCGAGAUUCAACUUUUAUGUUUAAGUAUGACACAUACAGUGUCUCUAUUGUAAUCAUGCAGGUAGAAUUUACAUCCUGUGGUAUGUAAAAAUUAUGCAAGAUAGUAGAAUUCUACGUAGAAGAAAAAUGUCAUCAACACAGUCUGGGUGUUUAAAAACAAUUCUGUCCAUACCAAAAGAGUAAUAUAAUAUAUUAUUUUGGUAUUGACAGAAUUAUGAAGGAGAGUGUAGAGAAAUAAAUUGUAUUUUAGUAUCAGUGCCUGAAGGGUUUACACAGAGUCCUACACAGUGCUGUCAACAUCCAGGAGACUCCAGAUUUUGGACUGUAUCUCCCGGUACCAGAUUAGAAUACGAAAUCUCCCCCAUAAUCGCUGGAGUUUGCCAAUUCUUCAGUAGGCUCGACUUUUGGCAAUAAAAUUUCAACCAUUUUGUGUUGUUUGAGUUUAAUGUUAACACCAAAAAGUCUCCUCAUAAACUCAGGUAUGUCAUCGUAGUAUAAUAAUUUUGUUGGAUCAGUGAGAAGUGAACCAAUUAGCCGCUCAAAUUUUACAAUGCCAACGACAUCUUUUUUGCCUCUUUCUGUCAUCGCAAAUUUGUCAUGAUUGAAAUCAAAGAGUAUUUUUUGCACAAAUGAUGUCAUGUGCUGUGCAUUAUGACAUCAUCUAUCAUCCCUUCCCUAUCAAUUCUUCAAUAUUUGAAGAUGUGGGGAGUUGACAGCCCUGGUCCUUCAGGUCUUGUACGUAUAACAGUGAAUGUGAACUGUCUUAUCACACCAUGCCAAUGUAAUAAAUUCCUAUUUUUGUUAUUAUUCAGGACUCAAGUAUCUUCACUCUGCUGGAAUUUUACAUAGAGACAUUAAACCUGGCAAUUUAUUAGUCAACAGUAACUGUCUUUUAAAAGUGAGUACAAGAAAGUUACCGUUUUUUUUUUAAAAAGCAGGGUUCUCAUUAAGCUUAAAGGAGACAGCUAGAAUAUUAAAGCUGCUGGCUUGGAAGUUCACUGAAAGCAAUUUGAGACUCUCGCUCUCUCAUCUAACCCAUUUUUCUUGAAAGAGUUAAGGGGGCUCAAAAUUUGAAGUUGCCAUUGAAUUAGCUGGUUGCUGGCACUUAAUGAUAACCCUGAAAGGAUUUCUAGAAGUUUUAUGUGGUCAUCAUGUGGAUAUUACCAGUUGAAGGAUGUUUUUACUCAAUAUCAGGGGUUCCAAUAAAAAUUGAAGUAGCCAGCAGGUUUGGAUAGAGUAACCGACUGUAUCAACUUUGAAGGGGGAAGAGGGUUCUGGCGGCAUACUUCCCAAGAAGAAUUUGAAAUUUCAAAGCCCUAAAAUACGCCUCCAGCUUUCUGGGGACUAAAUUGAGGACAAAAGAGCAGCUUUCUUUUUUUCAUUCAACAAAAUGUAGCCUUCAUUCGACUUGCGAUUUGUCAGCCACACAAUUUAAUCAAUUCCUACAACCAAUGAACAAAAUAAAAGUAGGUAAUUUAGUUUUCAUCAUUUAAUGAUGAAAACUAAAUUACCUACUUUGCUUGUAAAAAAAAUUCCGGGUAAACCUUUAAAGAAACUUGUGAAAAAUUGACUGAAAUAUAUUGUCUACAUGAUGAAAACACAUCAUCAAUUACAUUUUCAUUCAGAUUUAAUUUUAUGACGUGUUUUGUUUACGAUGCUAUUUAAACUAGUUGUGUCUUCUCUCUAACAAAAAGUAGCCGACUUCUAUGAGCAAAGUAGCGAAUGCAUUCCAUCAGCCAUCAGUGCUUUCUCAGUGAUUUUGUUACCUUUGCGUGCUACGUCCCUGACACAUAAAAAUCCCCAAAGACGUCGCAAAAUAAUUUGUGGUCUGCGUCCCACAGGACAUAAAGAUCAAUCGAGCAAUCUGAAGAUGUUUUUGUAGAAUAUCCUAUUUGUGUGAUUUCUGUGGCUGUUCUUGUUCUCGCAUAUUUCUUUUAGUCUUUGUUCAGUCUGUUGAUAAUAUAAGGAAUAUAUUUUAAUUUCAGUAAACUGUAAUUCAGAGUGUGGGAGUCUGUCUUUAGAUUAACUGUGUGGUUACAUUAAGACCCAGGUACUCGUGUUUUUGAACUGGGACUCAUGAUUUUUCACAAGAUGAGUCCCAGGACUCACCAUAACUAUUUGUAACAAAAUCACUGCUUACUGAAACCCCUGCAAUAUGAUUGUGUGGGUGAGGAACCAGCUCCUAAUCUGGAAAAUGCUAUACUAACAUCACAGAGCCUUGCCAGAGGGGUCUCUUUUAUUAAAAACAGGUACAUCCAGGAUUAUGACAGCAAUUGAUUUUGUCAAGGCAUCCAUGAAACACAUUUAUACAGGUCCUAGUCCUAGUCUCAUCCACACUAGAGGAAGUUAUUCUCUCUGUAAAACUUAGGACAUCCUUAUUAAGGAACAUUUUGCACAUGAUCUGUGACCUCAAGCUCCAUUCCUGAUUGGAAGCUCAUAAAAACAAGAUUUGAAAAAUAGUUAUGAUUUCGUGCACAAUAUUUUUAAUACCUUGUUCUAAAUCUAAUAUAUUAUUCGAACAAUAAUCACAAUAACUUAGUUUACUGUAAUAAUACAUAAUUUUUUUCUUCUAACAAAGGGAAAAUUUUUUUUUUUCUCAGAUUUGUGAUUUUGGUCUUGCACGUUUAGAAGAACCUCACGAGAGUGCAGUAAUGACACAGGAGGUAAAUGGAACACAUUUGCAGUUGAAAUUUUGAUGCAAAAUUGAGUACAGAACUUAUUCAAAGUCCCCAGCUGUUAAUGGCAACCCUGAUUUUUGUGAAUUUUUGGGGUUGAAAUUUUUAAUUUUCCAGUUUUCUCCUGUGCAUGUUCUAAAAGUCUCGUUGCAUCGAUGGUCUGCUUUUUACAGGUUGUUACUCAGUAUUACAGAGCUCCAGAACUUCUUGCUGGAGCAACACACUAUGGUCAAGAAGGUAUGUUCAACAGAAAGGAUGAGGUUGUGCCAACUUUAGACAGUGCUUAUUUAGCUUAUAAAGGAGUGUCCUAUCUUCUUACUUACAUGAGAGCUUUGUGCUGUAUGCUCCUUUACAGCACCCAAAGCCAAAAAUCAAGAAAAUGCCUAGAUCAUGUUGUCAAUUUUUUAUUUUUUUUAUUUUUUCCUAUUGCUUAAGUACAUGUAUUUGCUAUGCCACAAGUAAGAAAAUCUUUGUCCUUGCACAGAAUCUUCAUCGGGCACCAUGGAUUUCAUAGGUUGAGAGACAUCGGACGUGCUAUACAUGUAGUUAUUCUUAGGUAACAUUCCUGUAGCCGUGUUUUUGUCCCUCCUUCGAAGAUUUCCCAAUCUCUUGAAGAGAAAACAAAGAAUUUAGUAAAGCGUAAUGAUGGUUGUAGUACCUGGCCCUAAGUAACUUAAAUUAAUUACUGGUAUUAUUAUUUUUUAAAUUUUAAGCACCCUGCUUUAAACUGCCCGCUAAUUAAUUUAAUUUUGUUUUUUAGUGGAUGUAUGGUCAGUGGGAUGUAUCUUUGCCGAGCUCAUGAGUAGAAAGAUUCUCUUCCAAGCUGAGAGUCCAGUUCAGCAGGUAAAUAAUAGUUUUUAAUAUAUGAAGUGCUCAACUUUAACCUUCAGUAGCUGUACAAUGUAGUUCCCCUCCUAAUAUUUAUUUACUUUUUUAUAUUCUUUCCUUUGUUGUAACAAUCUUUCAUUUGAUUAGCAACUUUGUAAGAUUUAAAUCCCUUUCAAAAUACUACAUGUAUUUCAUGAAUAUAUUUUUAUGACAAUUUUCAUAUGGAUUGAUGAAUCUUUUCAUAUUGCAUAUCUCCUGAUUUAUUUGCAGCUUAACCUUAUUAUUGAUCUGUUGGGAACACCUAGUCUUGAUGAUCUUUGCCGUGCCGGUGCCAGUGAGGGAGCUACCAAGUAUAUUCUUCAGAAGGGACAUAAAGCAGUAAGUUUAGUAAACCUAUGGGAGUGUAUCUGAUUGUGUCUUCCAUUUUAUUCCCAACCAAAAGUUGUGGAAAAUUACUGCACCAUUUAUUUUCUAACCAAAGAAGAAUGGUUUUAUCUAUGAGCUACAUUAGCACUCACAGGAUUACUCCUUGCCGCAUAACUAGUCAGUCAUAUGUACUCCCAUAAGUUCCCUGAUCGAAGCUCAGUUGUAGAACAUCUGGAUUUGAAGCCAAAAGGUCAAAAGGUUCGACAUCUGUUGGGAGUACUCAGACUUUUCCUCCUGGGCUGCCUAUAUGAUCUUUUCUCAUAUAUUCACCAGGAUUAAAAUGCACCACCACUAUUUCUAUCAUUGCACAUACAGAGUGUUAGCACAUUCAACAUUCCACUCCUAGGCAGUUGCAGUAUGGCUGUGACAUGAACCUAGUUUGGUGGGUGUAGCUCUCACAAGUCUCCUGUUUGCUUAGUGAUAGAGCAUCUUUAGGGCAAACCAAAAGGUCAUAGUUUUAACACCUGUAUGGAGAAGUGAAAUUGGAUUUUUUCCCAUUAGUCAAAGACAAGUCAGUUUUAGUAAUAAAUUCCCAACUCCAGAAACUAUAAGGGAAAAAAGGUACAAGCUUUCGGUGCAAAAAUUUCUAGGAUCAUCAGUUGGUUGGACAAGCAUUAGUUAUAAUAAAGGCUACGAGUCCUUAGCUUCUACCAUGGGGCAGUUUGCAAGAUUUUGAUGAACUUUCACAGCUUAGAAGGAGUAUGACUGAUCAGUAACAUUUAGUUUAUUGGCUAAGUUGCGCUGUAAUCAGAAUGAUAUGCUUGACUACAGGUCAAGCACGGUUCUAUAAUUAAAAGGUUAUCAUAUGCCAAUUCCCUUCAAGUUGGCAGCGUAUCUUUUAAAAGCUUCAAGGGUGAAAUUUCUCAGGAUAGAAUUUCUUACGAUUGCGUUUUCAUUGAAGGAUAUCAAACUUGGACUAAAAAGUCAAUCGGUAGCUGGUUGAGAAUAUGCUUUUUUGAGUCAAAAGCCGGCAUAGUUCUAAGUACAGAACCAAAACCAAUCAUAAGAAAUGCUUGUCCACCCAAACAAUCCCAGAAAUCGUUGUGCUGAGAGCUUGUACCCAUUCCCCUCAGAGUUUGUGGAGUGGGGAAUUGUAAUGUCAUGUGUCUGUUGGUUUUGUCCUAUACAUGUUAAUUGGCCUGUUUUGUCUUGCAGCCUGCUCUUGCCACUCUGUACAACCUUUCCAAUCAAGCCACCCAUGAAGCUGUUCAUCUGCUCUGUAGGAUGCUUGUUUUUGAUCCUGUAAGUCUCACAUUCACAACAUUCAAAACAAAAUAUUUUUUACAUGCAGAGGUAUACAAAUGUACAACCCACAGGCCUUAAAGUACUGCAUGUUGCAUGUAAAACUGUAAGUGUUACUUAAAAAUCUCUCUUGGCGUAAUUGUUGGGUCAUGACAUUUUUAUGUGUGUUUAAAUGUUUCCUUUAAUGCUAUUUAUAAUUCAUCAGAAGAAGUUAAAAAAUAUUUUGUUUUAUCUUCAUUGUAGAAAAAGAGAAUAUCUUGUACGGAUGCUUUGUCACACCCUUACCUUGAUGAAGGAAGAUUAAGAUUUCACACUUGCAUGUGCAAGUGUUGUCAUACCACACCUGCCGGCAGACAAUACGUCUCUGGUAAGUUUGACUUAUAGUAACAAUUCGAUGGGUACAGUUUAGUAUAGAGUCAAGAAGGGUGACAUCACAAAAAUUCAAAUUUGUUCAAUUAUGAGAUUUGUUAGCAUAUUCAGAAAGAGCAAGAUGGAAAAACCCCCUUGCCAGAAAUCAGUCUGUUAAUGUAAAUUGUUGGGGAGAUUGGAUUGUAACGAUUACGGUCCAGGCCUGUUUUAGAAGGAUUUACGUGGAGUCAGCAGAGCAUGAUGGUGCUUAUAUCUCCUCAUCAAUUUGCACUUAGAGGCAAAUUUUUAGCAAGUGGAUAUUUUUGUCUUUUUCAAUCUGGAUAUGUUAACCAACCCCAUAAUUUCGCUCGCUCGUGUGCUCCUUUUUUAUAUUAAUAAAAUUCUUUCAAAACAAGUUCCUAAAUAAUACAUCCUUUGAUACAGAUUUUGAGCCCAUUUGUCCAUCAAAAUUUGAUGACAGCUAUGAAACAAAUCUUUAUAUGGUAUCUCACGUAAAAGGUUUGUAAAAAUAUUUUUUUGUGACUUUGUCUUUUUUUCUCCUAAAUUUGUUAAAAGAAGAUUGUUAAAUUGGCCUUUGUUUCUCUUUCUUAUUACAGAAUCACUUUACAAGUUUAUAACAAGUCGUCAUCAUAAUUCAGUUCCUUUAUGCAUCAAUGUAGCUUCUCCUUCUUUUAAAAGCUUUCAAAGGUGAGCUUAGAAAAAAAUUUAAUGCUCUCAAACAGGAUCCAACAAAAUUAAUUGGGUCUAUCAACUCAUUUGAUAGAGUCAAAUUACCACCAUAAACAGAUUAAAAAGCUGUUGCUUUGAGUUUUAGCCUUUCAUCAUUCACCUAAUGAUGGUGGCCAUUUGACCCAAUCAACUGAGUUGGCAGGGUUAGCUCAGUCGGCAGAGCGUUUGACUUCAGAGUGGGAGGUCGCGGGGUCUAUUCCUGGGGCUGGACCAAUACUCAGGGUCUUAAAGUAACUAAGAAAUGAAGGUACUUCCUUUGCCCUACAAACAGGUAGACCUUCACGUGGCUCAGAUGACCGUAGGAGACGUAAAAAUGAUAACAGUCACCAAUUAGUGCUUUCGUGCUAAAUACAUUGACACUCAAAUAAAGUGCAUUUUUUUAUUUUAUUUAUUUAUUUAUUUAUUUGGUAGAACCAACUUUAAGAAAUACAUGUACUUAGACCCCCAGAGCUUCGUAUCCACAUUCAGAGUAUCCUGUGUUUAAAGUAUUGUUAUUUGUAUAAAGUAUAGUUUUUUGUUUACAAAUGCAAAUUAAGUCAUGUUACUUUAUUUAGCUGACAUGUUCAUAAAUACGCUUAAAGCUAACGUUAAUAGUUUUUUUACAGUAUGGUUUCAAAUACAGAAAGAAUUUAUAACUCCUUCCACAAUAGCUGGACAAAUGCCUACAUUAGUUUUAUGUGUUUGGAAGAAAACGUGGUAGCCAUUCGGUCAUUUGGGCGCCAAAAUUGUAAUCGUUGACAGCAGUAAAUUAGUUAAAAACCAUCAUUUUUGUGCUCAAUUAUCUCACUGUUUCAGUAUAUACUAAGAUACUGCUGCUCAGUAAAUAGCCACAACUAGCCACCUCCACUUCAGUGAAUAUUACUGUUAUUUAUUCAUUUGAAAAUGCAUGUUAUUUAGAUGGCUCUAAGUCAAUUUGGGGGAUGUUUGUGUAUCUAUAAUAAUGAUAAUAACAAUUUUUGAUAAAGUUUUGUUGUUUUGUUCUCAGUUCUGGUGUUGCUCCUCAGCCAGAUCAGCACAGCUCCCCACAGUUGUGGUAA